AUGAGCGAUCAAGUGCAAGAAGGCACCGCAGCUGCGGUUGAGACGCCUACGAAUGGUGCCCCGUCUGCUACGAACAGUGAGCUAGAGGCGAAGCUAGCUCAGCUCAAUGAGGAGGCCCGCAAGCUCGAGGAGAUGCAGGCCGAACUGUCCAAGGAACAGGAGGAGAUCCAGGAGUCCAAGGAGGACGUCGACAGCCGCUCGAUCUACAUUGGUAACGUUGAGUAUGCUGCGACAGCCGAGGAUUUGAGCAAGCACUUCAAGCCGUGCGGCACGAUUAACCGCGUCAACAUCAUGAUGGACAAAUGGGGCAGUCCCAAGGGCUACGCCUAUAUCGAGUUUGCCGAGCCGGAGAUUGUUGCUCACGCGCUGCUGCUGAACGAGUCGGAGUUUUUCGGCCGCCAAAUCAAAGUGUUGCCAAAACGUGCCAAUAUUCCUGGCUUCAAUGCCCGCGGUCGUGGCAGAGGCCGGGGCCGGGGAAGAGGAGGAUACAGAGGCGCUUAUCGUGGACGUGGAAGGUAUAAUCCUUAUUGA